AUGGACGAGACUCUCUUGUCUGGUGGCUCUCAUCCUCCGAACGGAACCCACCUAGCAGAUCCUGUGGCGGUAGACGUGAAUGGAGCGAUGAAUGAAGGCAUAGGUGGAGCUAUCAAUGGUUCGACAUUUGUCACAUCCGUCCCUGUUAUGGGCGACCUCAACGGCUACCCCCAAUUACCUGAUGCAACUUUUGGCGGCAUGGCCCUCCCGAUGAACGGAAUGCAGCCUGAAAUGUUUGUGAUGCAGCCUCAGCAACCUAUUUCUGCCGACGAGAUCGCGUUGUAUGACAGACAGAUCCGCCUAUGGGGCAUGCAAGUCCAGGAGAAGCUCCGUCGUGCCAACGUACUUCUCAUCGGCAUGAAAGGCCUGGGAUGUGAAAUUGCAAAGAAUCUGGUUCUGGCAGGAGUUGGAGUGUUGACAAUUCUUGAUCAUGAAGUCGUCACAGAAGAGGAUUUGGGAACGCAGUUUUUCGUCAAUGAAGCUCAAAUUGGCCAGAAUCGGGCACAAGCGACUCUCGCAGAGUUACAGAAGCUGAAUCCAAGAGUUGAGGUGUACACGGACCCGAAUGCGGCUGUGACCAAGGACCCGGAAUACUUCCAGAACUUCGAUAUCACCAUUGCAACCGGCCUCAUUAUGGAUGUGCUGGGGACCAUCAAUAUGGCCUGCCGGAUGUAUGGCCGGAAAUUCUAUGCCGCAGACACCCACGGUAUGUAUGGCUACAUAUUCGACGAUUUGAUCAUCCAUGACUUCGUAAUCGAGAGACAGCAGAGGAACAAACCCACCAAAGUCGGCGACAUGGAGACGUCUACCAAAUGCGUCACUGCCGUUGAGUCGAAGAAGGAAAAUGAGAAGACAAUGGAAGUGAUUACCUAUCAAGAGACCUAUUCCCCCAUUCCUCUGGCCAAUCUGUCUCCUCUCCCAGCGCGGGUGAGAAAUACUCGACGAAGCCGCACAAAAGUCACACCUUUACUUUCUUGCCUGCGGGCUCUCUUCGAUUUUCAAGGCCAAAUGGGUGGUCGACUUCCCGGGCACAACAGAGCAGAUCUUGAGCUCUUCACUAGAUUGGCAAAUCAGAAACACCUGGAGCUUUCACUUCCCCUGGAAACCUUGAGGUCGGACUUUCUUCGCGCUUUCCUGCAAAACCUUGGCUCUGAAAUCAGCCCAGUGGUUGCAUUCCUGGGAGGUUACUUGGCACAGGAUGUCAUCAAUGUUUUGGGAGAGAAGGAGCAACCGCUUCAAAACUGGCUUCUGUUUGAUGGAGAGGACUUCACAGCCGCCCAGUUCUCGAUACAUCCUAUCAACGAAGAUGCCAUGGAAAUGAUGAACACGAACGGAGCUGUGAUGAUGCCAGAGGUUGCGUCCAUGGAAGGCACGGUUCCGGUGGCUUGA